AUGGCUAUGUACACGACAAAUGUGUUUGCCAAGCAGGGUACGAUUGCCCCGAAGGUGGUGGCGGGGGUGACAGCCGGCCUAAUCUGUGUGACCGCCACCUUGGUCGUCAUUCUGGUCGUGUGCUGGCGCUACCCAUUCUGCAGGACCCGUACAUUUUGGGAUCACGGAGUGAAGAAAAUCAUCAGGAAGAUUUACUCUUACUUUUCCGGAAUUCGCCAGCAGAAGCAGGAGGAGAAGUUACGACUGGUGGCUGGGGUGUUUACAAGAAAGGCCUCGCGUCAGGAGACCAGAUUUGUCGUGCCUCAGAUAUUUAUCCAUCGACACAGUUUAUGUUAUGGUAGUCAACAAGUUGUUCCAUAUACAUUUGAGCUGGAGGAUUAUAGACGUGGUUCCACCAGCAGUGUCAGCAGCCGAAAGAGCAGUCUGAGCAGCAGAAAGAGCUCUAUGGAUGAUCGACGCGGUUCCGGAAGCAGCCGAAGUAGCCGGAAGAGCUCUGACGGGGGCUUGAGCCUUAUCAACGACUAUGACCGAAGAGGUUCCAACAGCAGUCGGAAAAGUUCCGACGGUGGUCUUAUACCGUUUUUCUCUGACUACGACCGACGAGGGUCUAACAGCAGCAGAAGUAGUCGAAAAAGCUCUGAUGCCGGCCAUUCCAACUUGUCUUUUGAAGGAGAAUCCGACUACUCGACAGAGGCUUAUGACUUUGAUGACGGCUUCCGGUUCUACGGCCGGCGGGUUCGUUUCCGGCGCGACAGUCCCGUGGAUUUCAUGGCGGGAGCCGUCUCGGCCGCCAUGAUGGCUGGCUUUCAAAUCCGCCGCAGUAACUCACUGGCCGAAAUGAGGAGGUUGAACCUGGUGGCCGCCACGCCACAAGACACGAGUGCAGGCAAACCAAGACCCCGGAUGGACCGAAGAGCUACACUUUCUUCUCUGGUCGUAAGCAGUUUACAGGCCCUGGAUCAAACAGUCAAUCCGGUGGCACCUUCUAGCUACUUGAAAAAGAAAGUGAAAGUGGCGAGGCGCGGAAGCAUAGGCCUCCCGUUUGACACUCCGCUCCUCAUGCAUGAUUUAAACCUGGAAGAGAUGAGGAUGCCGAGAACAAUGUCCCCUGUCCAGCCAGUCGGCACAUUAGAGAUCCAUCUACAGUUCAACGAAGCGAAAACUUCAAUCAGCGUCACAGUUAUCAAGGCAAAUAACUUGUCGGCAGUUGGCGCCCCACCCGAGGAGUUGUUCAAUCCUUACGUCAAGGUGUUUCUCAUUCCUGGGCGCUCCAGUAAAUUCAAGACAAAAAUUGUCAAUAAAACACAGAAUCCAGUUUUUGAGGAAAAUUUUAGAAUUACCGAUCUUCCUUCGGGUGAUUUCAAUGACGAAUCUGGCCUGGAAUUUCAAGUGUACUCUCAUGACAGCGUUACUCGGAAGCCGCUGCUUGGGGUGUGCUCCAUGCGACUUGCGGAAAUCGACCACCUAGAGGACGGAUACGCCGAGUUAACAUUGUUACCACAAACCUAUCACAAGUGCCAUCAAGGGGAUUUGAGAAUUUCUGGAUGUUACCAACCCGUUGCUGGCAAAAUGGUCUUCAACAUUUUAGAAGCUAAAAACCUUCCGAAAGUGUCCCUAAUGGGGACAAUAAAUCCAUAUGUCAAAGUUGAGAUGUAUUUGAAUGGUAUUCGUGAAGCUAAGCAGAAGACAAAAACUAAACAAAAUGUCCAGGAUCCAUUGUGGCAUCACCAGUGUCUGUUUGAAGUAAACCGAGAGAAUCCUAAGUUAUUGGGCCAUACGUUCUUGUUCAGUGUCAUGCACAGAGACCGGAUGAGAGGCACACAGCUGAUUGGCCAGGUGGAGCUGGGGUGGUACAGUCACGGUGAACAGUUGGAUCACUGGUGCGAGAUCAUGGAGCAUCCCCACCGACCCACGGAUAACUGGCAUCCCGUAAUUAAAACGUGCAAAAGCCCAUCGUGAAUUGGGUGAAAAAAACAUGAGUUGAGUGUUGGAAUAGUAAUGUUCAAGAACUGUGCUUCGUCAUUGUAGGCAAUGCAAGGAG